AACGCGGGAUGUUCAUGGUUUCCAAUGACAGGAAAGAUGCAAAACUGAGUAUUCACAACCACUUUAACUUGCAGUUCACCACGGCAUAAGUCAUAUAACGAAUGCAUAAGUUGUUAUUUGGGUGAAUAAUUAUCGGGCAACAUGUUUGCGGGGCUGCCGGAGCUCGGGAUUUCCAACGGAGAGGAUUUAAAGGAAACUCUCACCAACUGCACGGAGCCACUCAAAGCUAUCGACCAGUUUCAGAUGGAAAAUGGCAUCCUGCUGCCCACUCUGCAGUCUGCUCUCCCAUUUCUGGACCUUCAUGGGAUACCACGGCUGGAGUUUCACCAGUCUGUGUUUGACGAGCUGCGUGAAAACCUUAUGGAGCGAGUGGCCAUUAUCGCAGAGGGAAAAGAGGAGGACCGAUAUUCCAAACUGGAGGAGUUGUUGGAGAAGAGCUUUCCUUUGGUGAAAAUGCCUUCUAUUCAGCCAGUGGUGAUGCAAGUGCUCAAACAUCUUCCAAAGGUGCCAGAGAAAAAGCUAAAGAUGGUAAUGGCAGACAAAGAGCUGUAUAAAGUGUGUGCGGUGGAAGUGAAGAGACAGAUCUGGCAGGACAACCAGGCACUGUUUGGAGAUGAGGUGUCACCUCUUCUCAAGCAGUACAUCGUGGAGAAGGAGUCAGCCCUGUUCAGCAGUGACCUCUCCAUCCUCCACAACUUUUUCAGCCCAUCACCUAAAACUAGACGACAAGGAGAGGUGGUGCUAAAGCUGACCCAGAUGAUCGGAAAGAACGUGAAGCUUUAUGACAUGGUGCUGCAGUUUCUCCGGACUCUUUUUCUAAGAACUCGAAACGUUCACUACUGCACGCUCCGAGCUGAACUGCUCAUGUCCCUCCACGACCUGGACAUCAGCGAGAUCUGCACUGUGGAUCCCUGCCAUAAAUUCACUUGGUGCCUCGACGCCUGUAUUAGGGAGAAAUUUGUUGAUGGCAAAAGAGCCCGAGAACUCCAGGGCUUUUUGGACGGAGUGAAGAAAGGACAGGAGCAGGUCCUCGGAGAUCUGUCCAUGAUCUUGUGUGACCCUUUUGCCUGUAACACUCUGGUGCUGAGUAUCAUUAAGAACAUACAGGAGCUGCUCAGUCAGGAUGCACUACCCAGGGACAGUUCCGAUUUGAUGCUUCUCUUGAGGAUGUUGUCUUUAGGUCAAGGAGCGUGGGAUAUGAUUGACAGCCAAGUCUUCAAAGAGCCUCGUCUGGAUUUGGAGGUAGUGACACGUUUCCUGCCGGCCAUGAUGUCUGUAGUUGUGGACGACCAUAUUCACGUUGUCGAACAGAAGCUGCCCAGUGAAGAGAAGAGCUCGCUGACAUAUCCCACUGCAUUACCAGACGCUUUUAUCAGGUACCUGCAGGACAACAGAGUGGCAUGUGAGAUGGGACUUUACUAUGUACUGCACAUCGCCAAACUACGAAACAAGAACGCUCUGCAGAGACUCCUGCCUUCUUUAGUGGAGACAUACAAUGACAUGGCGUUUGGGGACAUCUUCCUACACUUGUUGACCGGGCACCUCACCCUCCUCUCAGAUGAGUUUGGGACAGAAGACUUCUGUUCUGUUGUCUUUGAUGGAUUUUUACUCACAUCAUUUUCAAGUAAAGAGAAUGUCCACAGACACACUCUUCGAAUGCUGGUUCACCUUCACCACAAAGUCCUGCCUUCUUACAUGGAGACCCUCAUGAAGACACUGGAGCCCCCUAAACAGUGCAGUGAACCGGUGAAGGAGUUGUACGCCCAGCUGACGGAGAAACUCGAAGCCCAGAAGAAGAGAGCCCACCUGCAGCCGAUGAGCCGCCGUCUUUAGACCUGGGGCUGCACCCAGUGAGCGUGCCUCCCUCCAGCUCCACCCCCUCCACACCGCACUGAAGUGUUGGAGUGUCUGCCAAUUUGGUUCAUCUUGUAUUAUAAUAGUGAGUAUUCCAGAAGACACUGCCCCCUGCUUUACUUUGAUUUCAGAGAAAAUGUGCCCCACUGAACACUGUUUGAUCCAACUGCAGUUUCUUUACUGUUACAUUUGCAUUACUGUAAUGGAUCUGUUCAUAUUAUUUGGUUUACUGUGUGACAUUUUGGCAGUGUCAUUUUUGAAAUACUUGUAAAUAAAUAAUUUAGUAAUACUAAA